UAUUGAUCAAAGCACUGGCGGUAGGGGCACAUAUUAAAUAAAAUUAAAAUAAAAAAAAUAAAUGCCUUAUGUUUUGGGACAUGAAACACAUUUAGGAGGUCUCAUUAAGUAAGUAGAAUAUUACAUACACAUCUUGUGUCUCAUUUCCACACAAGCAGUUGCUCGUUGAGAAUAAAAACAACUCGCCCUGGCAACCAAUAUGCUUUAUAAAUAAUUUGCUGCACAGACAGAAAGUUACUAAUCCCUCGCUACUAAAAGUUAACAAAAUUGAAAAUUAUGGAAUUAUGAAAACAAAAAAUUAAAAUUAUGUAAAAUAUGUCAAAAGCCACAACAAUCAAAGAAGCCUUGAAACGUUGGGAAGAACGUGAACAGCAAAGCGCCGUGGAGGCCAAAGUAAUCGAAUUGCAAUUCCAAUGGCCGCCAAUCGAGAAAAUGGACAACACGCUCAGCACACUGGUUAAUUGCGAACGCCUCAGCCUGUGCACAAAUAUGGUAGAGAAGAUUUUCGGUCUGAAUGGCAUGAAAAAUUUACGUGUGUUGUCCUUGUCACGGAAUUAUAUUAAAAAUGUAUCGGGUUUGGAAGCUGUCGCUGAUACACUCAUCGAAUUAUGGCUCAGCUAUAAUUUGAUCGAGAAACUGAAGGGUCUCUCCGCUUUGAAAGCUCUAAAAGUGCUUUAUAUAAGCAAUAAUGUGAUCAAGGAUUGGAGUGAGAUUAAUCGCCUACAAGAAUUGGAAGCACUUGAGGAUCUUGUGGUGGUAGGUAAUCCCAUAUCCGAAGGCAUGGAUGAAGCCACAUAUCGGGCGGAGUGUAUCAAACGUUUGCCAACGAUUCGAAAAUUGGAUGGCGAACCAGUGGUGAUGAAUGAGGAACCAACAUUAUAAAGCAGAUAAGAUUUGUACCUUCAGCAGUUUGUGAAGGCGACUGAAAUUUGAAUUUUUAAUUGAGUAUUCUUCGAAUGUAUGGAGGAAUAAAAUUUCGAAAGAACUAAGAAA